AUGUCUUACAGUUUUGCAAAUUCCAUGUGUCAAAUUUGGACUGGCUUCGUCAAGUCGUACUCCAGAACGCACGCGACUAUCUCUCAAUCCCUGCUUCGUUCUUUCCACUCUUCUCGAAUUCAAAACGCUACAGAGUCCAAGGAUCAAGAGUCCGGGCAGGAAGAUGCCGGGAAAGAAGCCUCCAAGGACAAAAGGCGGGAGUAUGCGCGGAAGUAUCAUCAAAAGAUUCUGAACGACCCGGAACGUCUACAACGCAAAAGGCAGCAAUGGAGGCGCUGGUAUGCUAAAAACUAUCCUAACAAUCCUACGCUCCAACAGAAAAGACUAGAGAAUGUCAGACGCUGGCGAGAUGCGCAUCGAGACGAACACGUCAACAACUAUCUCAACGACGCAGCGUACCGCGAAGCCUACCAGAAGGGCAAUAAACACAAUAAAGCCUCGGAUGAAAAGAAACGUGUUCGAUUAGAGCAGAACGUCGACAAUUGUCAACAGAUCAUGAAAUUUUGUCAAUGGAUUUCUCACACAGAAUGGGCUCGUCGAAUGGCUUGGGAGACGCAUGAGCUCCUUUGGAACGAGACUGGAAAGACUCCAGGACUUUGUGCAUCUUGCAAAAGUGUAUACACACGCAAGUUCUGGUGGCAACGUAAGAAGUCUGAUGAGAAGUCUGGUGAAAAACUUCUUGACUGCCACAAUUGCUUCUGUCACAAGGAUUGGGAGAAGGCCAUGCCAAUUGGAAUGAGAGGUCAUGUCUUUGGAACUGGCCGGAUCCGACAGCCAGACUGGACUAAAUAUCCUCCACCAUCUUCGUCCAAAUCCUGA